AUGAACAUUGUGGACUGCGGCUUCAUCCCAUCAUCCUACAAAGGGUACUGGCCAAACGUGGUUCAGUUCUGCUUCUUCAGCAUCCUGACGAACACUGGGACGACUGUGCAGCUGACCUUACAAGGCUUCUUUGGGACCUUCUUGGCAACCUUGAACGUUUGGGUCCUUUACCAGAUCUUUCCCCUUGGCAGUCAGAUGGAAUGCCCCGGAGGAGCUGAGACAUGCGAUCCUAUUGAGAUGGUUCCAUGGAAGCCACAGACACUGUUUUUUCCUUGA